GGCUUUUGUCUGAUUCUUACAUGACGAAAAAAGUAUCAAAUUUUGGCAUCAAGUUUUCAUCUUGUGGAUGCCACCAUCCGUCACAAAAACCCGAAAAUAAGUUCCAAAAAUUGUUCCUCUCAACAUACCGGACUUGGGGUUCAUAGCCUCUUCACUCACCGCCACUCAAACUUCCUGCAAAAAUUCAUUAACCCACUUCAAAAUUCUCAAUACCCAGUGCCCCAAAUCCCAAAACUCACUACUUGCUACCUUCAAAGCUCCAUUCUCAAGCUUUUGGUCUUUGAUGGUGGAAAAGUGGUAAACUUUCAUCAUUUCAAACCCUUUAUUUCCUUGAAACAGAGGUCUAGAAACAUGAACUCAGGCUGUUAUCAAACCAUUCAGUUCCCUACAAAAGAAAAGCCCGGGUUUUUGUCAUGGAAUCCAUUGAAAAGCUCAAGAUUAAACGGUUACAAGAUUGGUGGUGUCAAAUUCGGGAAUUUUCAGAUUAGUCAAAGGAGAGAAGACAUUAGUACGAGGUUGAAAUCCAUGUUGAGCGUAGACAGCGUGGUGGAGAUGGAGGGAAAGGAAGGAAUCAAUAGGGGGAGUAAAUAUGAUGCAAUUGUUAUAGGGUCUGGAAUUGGAGGGCUUGUUGCAGCUACACAGUUGGCUGUCAAAGGAGCCAAGGUUUUGGUAUUGGAGAAAUAUGUGAUUCCUGGUGGGAGUUCUGGGUAUUACCAAAGAGAUGGAUACACUUUUGAUGUUGGAUCUUCUGUCAUGUUUGGAUUCAGUGACAAGGGGAAUCUCAAUUUGAUAACUCAAGCAUUGGCCGCAGUUGGGCGUGAGAUGGAGGUGAUUCCGGAUCCGACUACAGUUCAUUUCCAUCUACCGAAUAACCUUUUGGUUCGAGUACAUAGAGAAUACGAUGAAUUUAUUGACGAACUCAUGAGUAAGUUUCCGCAUGAGAAGGAAGGGAUCCUUAAAUUUUACGGCGAAUGUUGGAAGAUCUUCAAUGCUUUGAACUCGUUGCAAUUGAAGUCACUCGAGGAACCAAUCUACCUUUUCGGACAGUUCUUUCAGAAGCCUCUUGAAUGUUUGACGCUGGCUUAUUAUUUGCCCCAAAAUGCCGGAGAUAUUGCUCGAAAGUACAUGAAGGAUCCCAACUUGUUGUCUUUCAUAGAUGCUGAGUGUUUCAUAGUGAGCACGGUUAAUGCUUUGCGAACACCAAUGAUCAAUGCAGGCAUGGUUCUAUGUGACAGGCAUUUUGGAGGAAUUAAUUACCCUGUUGGUGGUGUUGGUGGAAUCGCAACGUCUUUGGCCGAAGGACUGAUUGAUCAGGGCAGUGAAAUACUUUACAAGGCAAAUGUGACUAACAUCAUACUUGAUCAAGGGAAAGCUGCUGGAGUGAAACUUUCAGAUGGAAGGGAGUUUUUCGCCCAAACCAUAAUAUCCAAUGCUACUCGAUGGGAUACCUUUGGGAAGCUGUUAAAAGGAGAAGGCCUUCCAAAAGAAGAAGAAAAUUUCCAGAAAGUUUAUGUUAAGGCUCCAUCAUUUCUUUCAAUUCACAUGGGCGUUAAAGCUGAUGUUCUGCCUCCUGAUACUGAUUGUCAUCAUUUCAUGCUCGAGGAUGAGUGGACAAGAUUAGAGGAACCUUAUGGGAGCAUCUUUUUAAGCAUUCCAACUGUUCUCGAUUCAUCGUUGGCUCCAAAAGGGCGUCAUAUUCUACACAUAUUUACAACUUCUCCUUUAGAAGAUUGGAAGGGACUUCCUCCAAAGGACUAUGAGGCGAAAAAGGAGCUAAUUGCAGAGGAAGUCAUUGAGCGGUUAGAAAAGAAACUAUUUCCGGGGCUUAAAUCAUCCAUUGUUUUUAAGGAGGUAGGGACCCCAAAGACACACAGACGGUUCUUGGCUCGUGACAUGGGAACUUAUGGACCGAUGCCUCGUCAAAUUCCCAAGGGCUUAUUAGGAAUGCCAUUUAAUACAACAGGUAUUAGUGGUCUUUAUUGUGUCGGAGAUAGCUGCUUUCCUGGACAAGGGGUUAUAGCGGUCGCUUUUUCAGGCGUAAUGUGUGCUCAUCGUGUUGCUGCAGAUAUUGGGCUUGAGAAGAAGUCUCCCAUAUUAGACGCUGCUCUUCUUCGAUUACUUGGGUGGUUAAGGACAUUGGCUUAAGGUAACAUAUCUGGAGAUACAACCCGUAAAACCGACAUCUGCUUGGCAAGCAUCAGUAGCCGGCCGAUCGGAGGUUCAGAGAAAUGUUUUGUUGUUUUUCCUCUUGCAGGAAGUUGGACAAAAAUAUUUGUAGAAAAAGAUUACAUGUUAGUCGAAUGCUUAAAGUAUAUUUUUUGAGAAAAAAAUCGAUCAAAUAACUUGAUUUAAUAAAAAUUUACAUUUCAACUGAAUGCUUGAAAUGUCAUCUAAAAUUUUCAUGACAGCACUUUAACAAUUUGAACCAACAGACAACAUUAUAAAAGUUGGACUCAUAUCACAUCGAAUGAAAAUACAGAGAAUAAAUCUCAAAUUUAGCGUAGUAAAAGGACAAAAACCAUAAUUUGACCGAAGUAUAUCAUCUUUAAGCUCGGGAACAUAGAUUCAUCUUCCGCAAAGACAA